UGUCCCCCAGGACCGGGACGGGUCCCACGUGGAGGUGGAGCCGCUCUGCGUCCUGGAUUUUUACAUCCACGAGUCCCAGCAGCGCCGGGGGCUGGGCAUGGAGCUCUUCCGGGAGAUGCUGCAGCGGGAGAGGGUGCAGCCGGAGAAAUUGGCCGUGGACCGACCCUCGGAGAAGCUCCUGGGCUUCCUCAGGAAACAUUUCGGGCUCUGCAACCUCAUCCCUCAGGUGAACAAUUUCGUCAUCUUUGAGGGGUUCUUCUCCACCAGGAGCGGUGAGUGCGGGGCUGGGAUGCCAGGGAAUCCUUCUGGAACCUUCCAGGGGCUCCCGGGUGGGAUUUGGGGUGGAUUUUGGGGAAUUCUGGGUGGAUUUUGGGGAAUUCUGGGUGGAUUUUGGGUGGAUUUGGGAUAUCCUGGGUGGGAUUUUGGGAAUCCUGAGUGGAUUUUGGGGAAUCCUGGGGUUCUUCUCCACCAGGAGCGGUGAGUGCGGGGCUGGGAUGCCAGGGAAUCCUUCUGGAACCUUCUGGAAUCUCCUGGGUGGGAUUUGGGGAAUCCUGGGUGGGU